UGAGCCCUGGAUUGUGACCGCAUCAGGGCAGUUGGUAGAUGCCCCUCUGGGAGAGAUUCCCAAGCGUAACAGCCAUGGACGAAGGGCCUGGGCUAGGGACAGGGACCAGAGCUGGUCCAGGGAGAGGACACAGCCAACGGACAGGGGCGCACUGUAACAGCCCUGCUGGCGAGAGGGACCUGGGCAAGGCCCUCCAAGGAGCCCACGCUGCAAGUCGGGUCAGAGGUGCCCCUGACCCUGAGGGCCAAUGAGACCCAAGACAGGCCAAGUGGGUCGUGAGACCCCUGAGGAGCUAGGCCUUGGUCCCACGCAGUGCUGGCCCCUGCUGCUGCUGGGUCUGGCCGUGGUCACCCAUGGCCUGCUGCACUGCAGAGCAGGGACCCAGACCCUGCAGCCUCAGUUGGAAACAGCCGAUCCAGCCUGCGGAGCCUGUGAGGCAGGUCCCAGCCCCGCCUCCUGCAACCCUGUGCCCGUCAUGCCCAGCAGGCUCCUACUCUAGCCCAGCCCCCAGGGAGCAGAGCCCAGGUGCUGGCCCCGGGGGUUUUGGUCUGAGCCUCAG